AUCGGCUAUUGACAUGUAGGGUCUUGCAGAGAAGCCGAAUAAGGAAUUCAGGAUAAAAGUUGUUUCACGACACAGCAAGCACAAGAGGAUCAUCGGCCUGUUUGAAAAUGGUUGUUUCACAUUUCAAAAUGCGCGAAUCACAGGUUGUAAGCUCCCAGAGAAUCCAGGCAGUUAACACCAAUGCAGAGAGCAGCCUGGAGGGGUUCAAGGCCCAUGCAGUCUUCCAGGAGAUCAAAAAGAAGCUGGAGGAGGAUGGAGAGUCAUUUGUGAAGAAGAUUGGGGGGGUGUUUGCCUUCAAGGUAAAGGAUGGUCCGGAUGGUGAGGAGGUGACCUGGAUAGUGGACGUGAAGAAUGGCAAGGGUUGCGUUCACAAUGACACAGCAAAGAAAGCGGACUGCACCAUUGCCAUGUUGGAUGCAGACCUGCUGUCCUUGAUGACAGGGAAAAUGAACCCACAGACAGCGUUCUUCCAGGGCAAGCUGAAGAUCACAGGGAAUAUGGGAAUGGCCAUGAAGCUCCAGAGUCUGCAGCUACAGCCAGGCAAAGCCAAGCUGUGAGGUAGAACCUGGGGCUAUAGGCAGAGGUUACCGCCCUAGCACUAUUCUAGGAUCAGAUCUUCAUAUCUCAAUCCUAACCUGAACCACUAGGGGUUACAACAACAAAACUGGUCCUAGACCUGCACUAAGGGGUAACUUCUACCUUUUCAGUAGCUCGACAGCAGCCACCCCCAUCUAACUCUAGUAGUGUGAGGAGAGGAAGGAUCCGCACUGUAGUAGGAGAGGGUGAGGAGAGAAGGAUGAGAUUCCUUUCUCUCUCUCCCCUCUGUCUUUUUCUAAUAUAUUAAUGCCCAGAACACACUAGACUAGGGAGGUAUACCGUAGGGGUGCACUGUACUCUCACUCUCCAACUGUGUAAUUAGGGGGCCAAGCCUGCAAAGCUGGGUGAAACCCUAUUGUAUUUCAUGCCGUUCAUUGUUAUUAUUUGGGUUCUUCCAUCAAUUGUGUGAAAACAUUUAAAAUUCCCGUGAGAUGGCCCAGGAGGGUGGAACUUUGCAAGAUGGUAAAGGGCCAAGGGCCAAAUGCUCUCAUGCCAUGGCAAUUGGCCACAUGGUGGCACUAUAGCAAGCGAUUGAAAAUGCAAACUUUGAUAGGUCACGUCCCUCACCCCGUGUGACCUAGGGUCCUAGAAUUUAGUAAAUAGGUCCCUCUCCUCACAAGGAACAAAUUUGCCUCAAGGACCCUUAAGGUCCGCAAUGAUAGAUUUUCCGCCAUUUAGAAUUUUGUAAAAAACACAAAACACUACUCCUCUGGAUACAUGGCAUCUAUGGACCAAGCUCUCACAAAUGUUUUUCCAGGACAGCAUGUCAAACAACAUGGCCGCUACUGACCAAUAAACAUUAAUGUGGGUGUGGUCUGGCACAUGAAUGCAUUUAACUCAGACACCGAUAUUCGUAUUGUAACAAAACUUGGGACACAUGUUCCAAACACUGUCAAGACUCAACAUCUCUAUGCACAUUCCGACCGACCACACGGUGGCGCUAUAACGGACACAUGUUUAUCUCUUGAUCUGUUUGACUCAGAGUGAUGAAACUUGGCACACAUGCCCAGGGAUAUGAGUCUAGCUAACAUGUAAAGUAUGAUUCAGUUUGGCCACAUGCACCAUGUUGGACAGAAAAUCAUUCAUGCAAGCUCAUUGGCUCAUAGCGCCCAUAUUGUUUGAGCAAGAGUCUUGGAAAAAAUUACAUUAAAAGCAUAUUGUAGGAUCUGUUUGAUUUUGAGUUCUGAUAAUUGGCAAGCUUGGUAAGGAGUACAGAAGUAGCUCAUCCUAGGGCAAUUUUUCCUGAUGGUGGCAAAGGGGGCCCACAGCUUGAACCCCGCCAUUGCUGCUUCCAGCUAUAUUUUAAUAUUAAUUCAGUUUGAUUUAUUAUGACUCAGAGAAGAUCUGUUUGUAUGAAAAUUAUGUAAUUAAUUUAAUCAUGCCCCUCUCAUCUGGUGAUGUCUGACCUUUUUUCCCCUAAUAAGUUUCAUGUGGUAAUGGAAAUGAUGUCACUCUUGACAUUUGGGACAGGAUAAUUCAUGUAUUGUACUGUCUCAGAGCUGUGUUAGUCAUUUCUCUUUCUCCCUAUUCAGCCAUUAUGAGAUAUAAAACAGUGAAGUGCCUCUCAGGUGUGCAGUAUCCCCUGGUUACAUUAUAAAAAAGUGUAAAACUAUUGAUAAGGUCUCAUAAUAUCUGAAACAAACCUGAAUGGAUGGACCACUGAGUAAAAGUUACUGUGUUACUUUCAGCCAUGUUGUUGUGACUGUGACCACCUGAACAACUGAUGAUGCUAAAGUGAUUUCUACUAAAUAAGCUCUGUGUUACUUGCUAAUAAAUGCUCUUUAAAACA